AUGUCCAGAGCGGGUUCGUGGAAAGCGCGGCAUGUCGUCUGGCUGCUCGUGCACGACACCGACACUCCUUGGGCCUCCGAACAUCUCAACUUGCACGGAUCUACGCGCGGUCGUACUCCCAACCACCCGUUCAACAAGGCCUGGCAGGCGAGGUGGACCGGAAGGGAGAAUCUGACGCGUCACAACGCCCUCAUUCGCGCGAUUCUGAACCUCGCGCUAGGCCGGGAGGUUUCCCAACUUCGGCAGUGCCUAGUGUUCUUCGGUGGUGUCGCCUACGUCGCCUGGUACAAGAAGAACGUCCUCGACAAGAUCGAACUUGCGUUUGCGAGAGGCUACGACCCAGCCCUCGAGCUCGCAAGCAAUCCACGCCAACAGCACGAUGCUGGAGACGAUUACGUUCAUUGGAUGAAGCAUGUACGCCGCCGAGAACAGUCCUCACUUGACCGCAUCAUCAAGGGCGCCGAGGCUGGGCAGUAUUACCUAUUGCUCGGACCAAAGGGCACUGGCAAGGGCACGAUGAUGCUGGACGCGAUGCAGGCGAUCGAAGCCGAGGGCGUCGCUAUGUGUGAUGCGCACCCGGACCUGGAAGUCUUCCGUCUGCGUCUCGGCAAGGCAAUGAAUUAUGAGUUCAACGAGGACACGCAGACCAGUCUCUUUCAAAGGCGUGAUCCGCGGGAAGCGGGACCGUGUUUGGAUAUUGAGCGAGCGUUGAACAAGCUGGAGAAGGUCGCACUACGAUACGCACGAAGAACAGGCAGGCCUCUCGUUUUGAUCUUCAAUAACAUCCAUUUCUUCAAGAACGACGACGAUGGGAGGCAGAUGCUUCUGCAGAUGCAGCAGCGCGCAGAAAGCUGGGCCGCUGCCGGGAUCCUGACGAUGGUGUUCAGCAGCGACGACUUCUGGCCCUUUCUCGUCAUGCGUAAGACCGCCAGCAGAAUGCAGGUCGUGACGGUGUCCGACCUGAGCUUCAAAAACGCGCUGCGCGCCUCGGCACAGAUGCGCCUGAACGCGAAACUCCCGACCGACUCAGAGGACCUCCACGACGCGGUGUCCAUAGUGGGCGGACGGCUGUCGUACCUCGCGCAGCUCUCGAAGACCGCGAACAUGCGCGAGCACGCGCAGCAGAUGCUGGUUGUCGAGAAGGCGUGGCUGCUGAGUCUCAUCGGCCUCAUACCCGACUGUGACGACGAUGUCAUGGACGAGCAGAAGUGGAGCUCGUGCUCGUGGCUCCUCCUGCGCGAGUUCGUCAAGCAGCGGCGCGAGGACGAGUGCACGCGUGCAGCGGCGCUUGCGGCCGGUGAGCUGUCGUCCGAGGGGCUGGACGAGCUGCCCCUCCCGAAGAUUCCAUACUAUAAAUGUCGUCAGAUAAUGACCAGGGCCGACUAUCUUGAAGACCUCGAUCGCGCCAAUGUCAUAGCCAUUGAUACGAACCACGACGUUACGCCGGACUCCGUCCUGCUGCUGCAGGCGGCGCAGAAGGUCGUGGAGGAGGAAGGGUUUGACGACCUACUGGACGGCGUGCGGAACCGAGUGGACGAGAUCGAGAGUCUCCAUCGCACGAGGGAGUUGACGUUCAAAGACGCAAGCGCGGGUGAUCGCAUUCGACUCUCGGUGGACAAAGGGGGCGCGGUUUCGGUCACUGGCUGA